AUGCCGGAGGGGAUGGAGGUGGAUGAUGCGGCCCAGCGGCGGGCCGCUUCCACGGAGUAUCGGAAAAAACUCCUCCAGUACAAGGAGCUUGAUGCCAGAGUGCGCACAGGUCAAUCCGACUGUUUAUACCCCUUGAGAAAUCUUUCCUAGCCCUAGGCUUCUGCUCCCGCUUCACCUUUUCGCGGCAAUUCCAUUCAAUUGAGGGGAAUUUCAUGACCUAGAGAUGUCUAGGUUUGUAUUCCAUGUUUUCGGAGAUCUCGUGCGAAGGGAUAGGCGGGUUAUGUUCGGUGAAUUACUUUCUAAUUCCGUUUUCUUUGAGGUCGCGAUAAAGUAGUUGAUAGGUGCGGUCAUCUUCGGAUGGUUUGGAUCGCUUCUUGAGGACCAUGCGGCAUUUGAGUUGUCGUAAUUUUGAAUCUGCGGGCUAAUAUCAGAGAUCCUCUUUUCCUCUUUUCCUUCUUUCCGUCGUCGAUGGGAUUUGACUGCUAGACACAAUUUUUAGUUUCACUGUCUGCUAAACUUUUGUCGUCUACUGAUUCCCUUACCAGGUGUCGGACAAUUACGAGAAAAUAUUAUUCCAACAUAUCAAGAAGUUUUCAUUUUUAAAUUUGAAGAGAGUUAAUUGAAAAAUGGUUAUCAUCUGUUCAGAAAAUUUAUUGUUAGGUGAAAAUAUUAUUCCCUGGCCAUUCUGGGGCAUUGUAACGUGAUAACAUUUAUGUUCAAACAUCAUCUAGGAAUGUUUGUCCUCUCCGUCACAUUCUUCAGUGCUUCUUUCUAUCCCCAAGAUAAUUUAUUUUUAAGUUUUUUGUGAAACUUUAACGUUACAGGAGUAACUGACGCAUUGCAGUGGAGAAGUUUCCUUCUUUUAGAUAGUAAAAAAAGUGAUUAACACUACACGUUAUAAUGCUGAAAAUCGAUAGCAUACCUGAUGGUCAUAUUUAGGUCAACUAGUAUUGAUUUUUUGUUGGGUUGGCCCUUUAGGAUGCCAUGCUGUGAAGUAUUUUCCAAUAUCUAAUGCUGUGAAGUAUUGUUGGGCUGUCAUGCUGUGAUGUCAUGCAAGGUUUAGUUCAUUGGCCUCCUUUACCUUAUGAAUCAUAACAUCAGUGUUGGAUAAUUAGACCUUUACUUGAUAGUUCAUGCAUGAUACUUUUUCCGAUAUUUUGAUGAGCACUUUUACUUACUGGGAAUUGAAGUAACGAUUGUAUAGUUACGUUUUUUCCAUUUUCCUCUGUCAUGAACUGUUAAGCUAUCUUUCUACCGGUCACUGACAUUAAAAUUGGGAAAACACAGUGAAGGAAAAUUUGCGAGCAUCAAAAAAGGAAUAUGCUAAGACAGAAGAUGAUUUGAAGUCUCUCCAAAGUGUUGGUCAGAUGAUAGGCGAGGUGCUUAGACCACUUGACAAUGAACGCUGUGAGAAUCAGCCUGUCCUUUUUUUUGUUUUUUAAUUUGAAGUACUGUUAUUUUAAAUUCUUAUAUUUCGUCUAUAAUUUAUUCGAUAAUUCGAAAUGUGCUAUGCUGCAAUAAAAUCCUAAUUCGUCUUGUUUGGGAUACUUUUUCUAUGACUAAGAAUCCUCAACGUUAGGUUUUUAUUUUACCAUAUUAAAAAAUAUUAGAUGAUUGUAAUUUCAUACUUGAUCUAGCUAACUGAAGAUUGUACAAUGAAUACUUCACGAAAGAUUCUGUAUACUACGUGGUCAUAGUCAUGUUUGGAGAUAAAUGGUUGUCUGAUGGCAUCGUUUGACUCAGCUUAGAAUCAGAUCGAAAUCCAACCACCGGACAUUAAAGACAAAAUCAUAAUAGGACAUAAGUUGUCUUAUGUCAUUGUAGAUCACCUGAUUCUGUGAGGGAUGGGUUGUUUAGAAGGCCUGCUGGCCUUCCAACUCGUAGACCCAAGUAAGAGUGAAAAAAGAAGGGAAAAGAGAUUCCUGCUGCUGUGACCAGAAAAUGCUGCAGGCUGCAAACGGUAAAAGAAGAAAAAGAUGGAAGGAGAUGCCAGUAGUGCCAGGAAGAAAGAAAGAAAGAAAGGAAGAAAGAAGGAAAACAAACAGAGAACAAAGAAGAAGAAAAAUCAGCCAGCUUCUUCCUGCAGUGGAUGUAAUAGUAGGUUUCCUAAGAAAAUAUUUAUUUAAUUAAUAAUUACGCAUUCAUGUUUUUAAUUAACAGUUGCAAAUGUCCUUUUUAUUGAUAUUUGAUCGAUUGAAUGGCUGUUGUAGUUUAUGUGAUCCCAGUCUGCAUAGGAUCAAACCUUGCUGGUCCUAGGUCCUGAUAUUGUUUGGAGAUCAUGGUCAGAUUGGCCAUUUCUGUUAUGCAAUUAGCAACCUUACCAACUUCUUUUGGUGACAAAAAAGCUUGAACUUUCUAUUUAUUCUUUUACAGUUAUUUGUAGCUUUUCUGUUCUAAAAGUCUGGCUUAGCCUGCUAUCCAUAGAGCUAGAACAACAAGCUUCUCUGAAUAAAGAAAAUCGUUGUUAUGACAGCAGUUAUUUUGGACAUGUGGGUGUACAUUUUGAGUUUGUACUUUACUUCCCGGGGUAAAAAGUUGCUGAUGUCUGGUGUACAAAAUAAUACAAAAUGACAAAUUGGUGUACCUGUGACCCAAGACCUCCACCAGGUCCUUCUCCCCCUGCAACAUUCUCCCUUUGUCUAAUUUCAGAAUCUCGAAGAGACAUCAAGGCUUGUAUGCUAUCCAGCUUUCUUCCUUGCUUACUAAUUCCCAUGGAGUUGUCGAGUGUAAUGACCCUUACACUUUCUUGAUUAGAGAUAUUAAUGACCCUUACACUUUCUUGAUUAGAGAUAUUAAUGACCCUUACACUUUCUUGAUUAGAGAUAUUCUACAAACACUCUUAAAACCGUCGAACUAUUCUUAUUAAGCAUACUCUUUUUUUUCUGACGGAAGUUGUCGUUUCAUUCAGAUUGGUCACUUUGCCAGUUUGAUCUGGUCCUGAGAUGCUUUAUCCCCAUGCAAAGUGGCUGGGGUAUGGAACUAAGUUUCACUGGUUGAUGCUUGGAAGAACAGUUGAUAUGUAGGACUGCACCAUUAGAUUUUUUACGAUGUUUGUCAAAUUACGGUGGUCAGAGUUCAUAUUCGCUUAUGCUACCGUAUGCUUUCCACAUUAAUUUUAAUUUUCAUUGUCAUGUGCUUUAUAUGCUGAGAUAUAUGAUCCUUAAGAGUUAUGACAAAGUGUUUUAUGCAAUUGACAUGUAUCUCCAGUUAUAGUGAAAGCCAGCAGUGGGCCCAGGUAUGUAGUUGGCUGUCGAAGCAAGGUUGACAAGGAAAAGCUGAAAGCUGGAACUCGUCUGGUGCUUGAUAUGACAACUCUCACAAUCAUGCGGAUUCUUCCACGAGAGGUAUUUGUGUUCCAUUAUACAGUUUCAUUGUCUGUCCUCAUUAUAACCAAAACAACAGUUUUCUCUUUCAGUCUUUUAUUGAUUGACUUUUAUAUAUUAGUUCCCUCAUUUUUGUUAUAUUGGGUCUUUACUCUCAUUUUCCUUUGUCACACCACCAAGCAACGUUGAGAUGCUAAUAACUCAUAUCAUCUGUUCUGCACUCCUGGUUCCAGGUUGAUCCUGCUGUGUAUAACAUGCUUCAUGAAGACCCUGGUAAUGUUAGUUACUCUGCUGUUGGUGGCUUAUCUGAUCAGAUACGAGAACUGAGGGAGUCCAUUGAACUGCCACUUAUGAAUCCUGAACUGUUUCUAAGAGUUGGAAUUAAACCUCCGAAGGUAAUUGUUGCAUUAAACUUGGUUACACCUUUGGCCGGGUAUUUCCUCCGCCCGUAUGCUUCUAUUAUCCAAUUGAGUGGAAAAGCAAAGUACGAGGAUUUUAUUCAUGGCAAUUCAGUCUAGUUGCGCUGGGGUUAGGGAAAACUGUGGUUUCGUAUACUUCAUGGAGUUAUCCUCUUGUAAUGUUUUUCAGGGAGUGCUGCUCUAUGGUCCACCAGGAACUGGGAAAACAUUAUUAGCUAGAGCAAUAGCUAGCAACAUAGAUGCGAACUUUAUCAAGGUUACUCUUUGCUUCCAUUUGUUCUAAUACGUUAUCAUUUUGUAUAUUUACUUAUCCUGAAAGAAAAUGACUGGUGUAGGUUGUUUCAAGCGCAAUUAUUGACAAGUACAUUGGUGAAAGUGCACGUUUGAUCCGGGAAAUGUUUGGUUAUGCUCGUGAUCAUCAGGUUGAGAAUUUUUUUAUUUGUGUUUCCCUGAUUUUUUUUCUUUUUCUCAUCCGGUAGGUUGCUUAGUAUAGGAGUUAACUUUGGUGCAUACGGAUCUCUUUGUUUCAUUUCAUUUUGUAUCUGUUUGUUGUUGUCACCCUCAUACCAGUAAAAAGGUGUCAGUCUGUGCUCAACAGUUUAAUGCCCUUCAAUGCCAAUUAAUAACUAUUUUGGUUUUUCUUACACAAUGCAGCCAUGCAUUAUUUUCAUGGAUGAAAUUGAUGCUAUCGGCGGGCGCCGUUUUAGUGAGGGAACCAGUGCUGAUCGUGAAAUUCAAAGAACACUAAUGGAACUGCUUAAUCAAUUGGACGGAUUUGAUCAACUUGGAAAGGUAACUUUGUUGAUACACGAUGAGAGAUUAUUAAUAAAGAAGCCUAAGAAGUAGAAAGCUUAUAUUUCCACAGUUUUGAUGUCCUGUGAAAGCUAAGCUUGUGGAGCUCCAGACUAGUUGUUUGGUUUAUCUCGUUGAUUCAUCUACUUAUCUUGUCCAAUCUUAUUUCCCGUGAUAGAGUCGAAUGCUUUUUGCCCAAAAGUUUCUUUCAUUUUUGAAAAUCAAUUAAAUGAUGGUCAAAUGCUACAUAAUGGUUAAUUGCUAGUCGCCUUUGGAUCAUGCUCAUGCAUCCCAUAAAUCUCCAAUUGAUAUUUGACUAGAUGGAUUCAAGUAUUUUUGGCAUGUAUUUGGAUCUGUUUUCUAUGCACUCCCAAGAGUUAAAUCAUUUGUAGAAGAUGAGGUCUCUAGGCCAGUCUGUGGCUCAUUACUUUCUGCAUUGUAUUGAUGUGACUUUUAGUAAUAUCAUAAAACUUGCGGUCGAACGGAAGAUCUUAUGGUGUGAUGUCUACUCUCCUUUCCGUCUACGAAGAGAUGGGAGAUACGAUUUUGAAACCCUAAUGUUUCUUUUCUAUUUUGACAAAAUACAAAACCAAUGUGUGACCUGUCUCGCGCCUUAAAUCUAACGUUACCAUUAAUGAUUCAUUGCUUUCAUUCUAUGAUGCCGUUGAUAUUCUAGUUCUUCGAGAAUUAAUGAAGGAUACUCACAGCUAAGAACUGCUGUUUAUUCGAGAUUAUCCGAAAACCCUUGGGGCGCUUAUUAAAUCGUAAAUGAAAUUAUCUUGUGCCGUCCUUUUAAGAUGUGGAUUUCGACCAACUAUCAUUUGCUCAAAUAGGUCAAGAUGAUUAUGGCGACCAACAGACCUGAUGUUUUGGAUCCAGCACUUCUCCGACCUGGCCGAUUGGACAGGAAAAUAGAAAUCCCGUUGCCCAACGAACAAUCAAGGAUGGAAAUCCUCAAAAUUCAUGCAGCUGGCGUUGCCAAACAUGGAGAAAUUGACUAUGAAUCGGUGGUCAAGCUUGCUGAAGUGAGUCGUCUCCUAUAUCAGCUAUAGACGUGUGCAUCAGUUUUUUUUUUUUUUUUUUUUUUUUUUUUGGGUUACAGCUUUAGCUUAUUCCCUAUCAGGGAUUCAAUGGAGCCGAUCUACGGAACAUAUGCACAGAGGCUGGAAUGUCGGCCAUCCGCGCUGAGCGUGAUUACGUCAUUCAGGAAGACUUUAUGAAGGUAUUUUAUCCUUCUUCUCGGCAACAUUAUCUUGAGACUCGACUAGUUUUGAGUUACUGUUCAUUGUCAAACUCUCUCUCUCUCUCUCUCUCUCUCUCUCUCUCUCUCUCUCUCUCUCUCUCUCUCUCUCUGCAGAAUGAUGAUUUAUGUGAAGAUACUGUCCAGAUGGGUCUCCCAGAACGAUGUUUUAGUUCCUCAAUUAGGCGUUAGAUUAUUCAAUUGCGUAGACUUAAUUCGACUUUAUAUUAUUCUAUCGAUAACUAUCAUUUGUUAUUCUAUGUGAUGUUGCCUAUUCAUAGCUCUGAAUAAUCUGAGAAAUUAAUUUAAUUUUCAGGCCGUCAGAAAAUUAAACGACGCGAAGAAGCUGGAAUCAACUGCCCACUACAACGCUGACUUCGGCAAGGAUUAG